GAAGGGAAUCACAUGACGCUUUGUUAGUAUCCGGUAGAGGCUGGUAUGUGUGUGUAUGAGCUUAAAUAUGCGGACACACUAGAGGACAGUUGCUAAGUCAGUGUGUGUGGGAAAACUCUUCAGCUGUUCUUUACUCUUUGUUAUUUACAGGGACCUGCUGAUUAAUACAAAAAUGGCAAUAAACCUUCUGAAGAAUCCAAACGGAGAUGACGAGAUGUUAUUCUGGGAGCUGACGGAGAACGGGGGAAACGAGUGGCGUGUGGAGGAAAUGCCCGGGGACUGCGGACACGAAUUUGGCAACGGGGCUGUAACCAAAUACUUCUGCACUUCCUUUGAAUUGUGUCUGAAGAGUCAGGAGAUUGAUCUCGUGGCAGAAGGCUACAAUCCUGAGGACUUGGACAAUCAGCCACCUGUCACAAUCGAGGACUGGUACUGUGGUCGAACAGACUGCGGCUGCAUGUACCGGCUCACUGUCUGUCUCCGGGAUGAGAAUAAGGAGGUGUUGCAGGAGUACAAGGUCGAGCCGGUGACUCUGGACCCAGACACUGAUGACUGCUCGUGGAGACAGGUGACUAACACAUUUUAUGACUACGGCCCGGGUUUGCGCUACGUCUCUUUUGAGCACGGUGGACGGGACACUAAAUACUGGAACGGCUGGUUUGGAGUGAGAGUGACCGGGAGCUCCGUCAUUGUAGACCUCUGAAAGUCCAGGCUGAGGCACACACGGACCCCAUAGUAAUCUAUAACGAUGAUCUAGAACAGCGGUUAUCAAAGCUGAAGUGAGACUGUAAACCUUCCACACGGUACUAGAUUUCUUUGACGUCACUGAAUCUGAGACGAUUCUAUUACGACACAGUAGCAUCUGACUGACACGUGAAUGACAUGAACUUAAUAAAUAAAUAAUAAAUAAAUAUUAAUAAAAUAAUUGUUAAAAAUGAUUAAAAUAAAUGUUAAUAAAUAUUUUAAAAUUGG